AUGGACAACUUUCCACCGGAAGUGCAGCAUAUUUUGGCACCCGCCUUCGGCAUUCUUUCGGCCACGCAACUUACUCAAAUGGCCGAUCGGCUUAUGGAGAUGCACGGUUUUUCCAAACCAUCUAUUUCAGCACUCUCAGCUCCUCCUGCGUCUCCCAUUUCGCAGUUAGAGAUCGAGCUCAACAAGCUGGCCGAUGAUAUAGCCGCUCUCCAGAAGCCCACAGUUUCUGCCUCAUCUCGGAGCCAACCGCCGCCGUCCACCCCGCAUCGCCAGUCUUCACAUUCAGCCCGUCCAAACGCAGCUGCCACCUGCUGGUACCACACUACUUUCGGUGCUAAAGCCCGUCGCUGCGUCUCUCCUUGCUCCUUCACUUUCAAGCAGAACAAACGGGUAAAACCGGUCAGCCGGAAGGUCAUUUCAAGCAAUCUUUCCGACAGCUCUAACCCUGGUCGCACAUUUUACGUCCGCGACACCCGGAGUGGCAGACGUUUCUUGGUUGACACUGGUGCCCAGCUAAGUGUCAUUCCACCCACACCAGCUGAUCGUCGGUGUCCCAAUCCCGGUCUUUUCCUACAGGCCGUCAACACAUCGCCGAUUACCACAUCUGGCACCUGCUCCCUCUCUCUGGACAUCUGUCUCCGGCGUCUCCUCCCUUGGGUCUUCGUCGUUGCUGACAUUCCCUGUGCAAUUCUCGGUGCAGAUUUCCUCGCCGCUUUCGAUCUUCUGGUCGACUGCCGUCAGUCACGUCUACACGACAAGACUACCAACCUCACUGUCCGGGGUAUCUCUUCCUCUGACACCUCCCGUCAUCUUGCCGUCUUGGACCCUGAACCCGAGAAUCCAUUUCGGCAACUCCUCGCCAAAUACCCCGGCCUCACUCGUCCCAACUUCAACGUUUCUAUUCCACCACAUGACGUUGUUCACCACAUUCGGACCACUGGCCCUCCCGUGUUUUCUCGCCCCCGCCGUCUCGCGCCUACACGUCUUGUUGCCGCCAAGGCCGAAUUCGAGCAUAUGCUUCAAAUGGGGCAUCAUCCGUCAGUCUGA